GGUUAGGGUUCCUGGGCGAGCCAUUCGCUGGAUCUCUGAAGUUGAGAAGCAGCUAUGGAGAAUGGGAAAAGAGACAGACAAGAGAUGGAAGUCAAUACCACACCGAGAAAGCCUCGUGUACUACUGGCUGCAAGUGGAAGCGUAGCUGCUAUCAAAUUCGGCAAUCUCUGCCAUUGUUUCACCGAAUGGGCAGAAGUGAGAGCCGUAGUUUCGAAAUCAUCUCUUCAUUUCCUCGAUAAACUCUCUCUCCCACAAGAAGUUACUCUGUAUACUGAUGAAGAUGAAUGGUCAAGCUGGAACAAGAUCGGUGAUCCUGUCCUUCACAUCGAGCUUAGACGUUGGGCUGAUGUUUUAGUCAUUGCUCCUUUGUCUGCUAACACUCUAGGCAAGAUUGCUGGUGGGCUUUGUGAUAAUCUUCUGACUUGUAUUAUACGAGCUUGGGACUAUAGCAAACCACUGUUUGUUGCACCAGCGAUGAAUACUUUGAUGUGGAACAAUCCUUUCACUGAAAGGCAUCUUUUGUCGCUUGAUGAACUGGGAAUCACACUUAUUCCUCCUAUCAAGAAGAGAUUGGCCUGUGGAGACUAUGGUAAUGGCGCUAUGGCUGAGCCCUCUCUUAUCUAUUCCACUGUCAGACUCUUCUGGGAGUCUCAGGCUCAUCAGCAAAGUGGUGGAACUAGUUAAACCAUGAUGUCCACAAAAUGCUGUUUUCACUAUCUUAGAUAAUAGAUUUCAUCAGUCUGUCUGCUCUUCUUGUAUAUCUUAAAAUAGCUGUCUGGAUUUAUGUCUGGAGGACCAUUUGCACUAGCUCCUCUCUGUUUCUGUAGAAAUGUUUAUGUUUCCUUUCCUCGCUCUCAAAUGUUAUCUUCAAUUCUGCUGAUUAUUCACCUGUCUGAGCUCACUGAACUUAUGAAUU